GGGGCGGAGCCCCGGCAGGCGCUGUGCGUACUUCCGGUUGACAGGGGUUGACAUGAAGAGGCAGCGGCGGCGGCUGGGGCGGCGAUAGCGGCUCGAGUGGAUCUUGCGGUCGCUCUCGAGGCGCAGAUCUCGACGCGGCCUGCAGCUGCCGGACAGCGCGGUGGGCCGAGGAGGAGACGCAGCAGCCGCCCUGGCCCGUCAUGGAGAUGGAAAAGGAGUUCGAGCAGAUCGACAAGGCUAAUAGCUGGGCGGCCAUUUACCAGGAUAUCCGGCACGAAGCCAGUGACUUCCCAUGUAAAGUGGCCAAACUUCCCAGAAACAAAAACCGAAACAGGUACAGAGAUGUCAGCCCCUUUGACCAUAGUCGGAUUAAACUCCACCAAGAAGAUAAUGACUAUAUCAAUGCUAGCUUGAUAAAAAUGGAAGAAGCCCAAAGGAGUUACAUUCUUACCCAGGGUCCACUGCCUAAUACGUGUGGUCACUUUUGGGAGAUGGUGUGGGAACAGAAAAGCCGGGGAGUCGUCAUGCUCAACAGAGUCAUGGAGAAGGGAUCGCUAAAAUGUGCACAGUACUGGCCACAGAAGGAAGAAAAAGAAAUGAUCUUUGAAGACACAAACUUGAAGUUAACUUUGAUCUCUGAAGAUAUUAAGUCCUAUUACACAGUACGACAACUAGAAUUGGAAAACGUUGCAACUCAGGAGACUCGAGAGAUUUUGCAUUUCCACUAUACCACGUGGCCUGACUUUGGAGUCCCCGAAUCACCAGCUUCAUUCCUGAACUUUCUAUUCAAAGUCCGGGAGUCAGGCUCGCUGAGCCUGGAGCAUGGCCCCAUCGUGGUGCACUGCAGCGCGGGCAUCGGCCGCUCGGGCACCUUCUGCCUGGCUGACACCUGCCUGUUGCUGAUGGACAAAAGGAAAGACCCGUCUUCUGUUGAUAUUAAGAAAGUCCUGUUAGAAAUGAGGAAAUACCGAAUGGGGCUGAUCCAGACAGCAGACCAGCUCCGCUUCUCCUACCUGGCCGUGAUCGAAGGUGCCAAAUUCAUCAUGGGAGACUCUUCAGUUCAGGAGCAAUGGAAGGAGCUGUCCCACGAGGACCUGGAACCCCCACCUGAGCACGUCCCCCCACCACCCCGGCCCCCCAAACGCCUGGAGCCAUACAAUGGGAAAUGCAAGGAGUUCUUCCCCAAUCACCAGUGGGUGAAGGAUGAGACAGAGGAGGGCCAGGGAGAAGACGUCAUCGAGGCGGAAACCAGAACCCCCCUAAAUGUCUCCCACGGUGUGGAAAGCCCAAGUCAAGACACUGAAGUUCGAAGGCGGACCCUGCAGGAGAGUCAGCGGGGCACCCUGGCCACUGCACCCACGCCUGGGGAGCCCUCGCCACCCGGGGAGGAGGAGGACAAGGGGCUGGCCCACUGGACGCCCUUUCUGGUCAACGUGUGCAUGAUCACGGUCCUCACGGCCGGAGCGUACCUCUGUUACAGGUUCCUGUUCAACAGCAACACAUAA